AUGUCAGAGAAGCAGCGGAGUGAGAUGGAGGAGGACGCUCGCUCUUUCUUGGAGAAGUUCGUGGAGGAGUUCCCGGCUCCUCUGGAGGAGGGGAAUCCGAUGCCGGUCAGCCCGCUGAGCCAGAGGGUCAGCCUGGAGGAGCUGCCCGGAGAGAGCCUGGAGCUGGGGCUGAGGCUGCUGGCUGCCAGGGGGGCUCCCCCGGGCCUCUGCGCCCUCCUCUGCCACGCGGCGCUCGGCCAGCUCCUGAAGAGUGACCUCUCCCCGUUCCACUGCCCGCAGGCUGAGGCCGCCCAGGAGGAAGAGGAGGAGGAGGAGGAGAACACACCCUUGCUCCGGUCGGAGCCCGUCCAGCGUCUGUUCCUCAACCUGCUGAUGGACGUGGCGUCCGCGUGGCACCGGGAGCCGCCCGGGCCGCCCCCCCCCGCGGCGGGGCCCCCCCACUGCUCCGUCCACGCCAUCCGCAACACCAGGAGGAAGAUGGAGGACAGACACCUGGCCCUCGGCCACUUCAACCAGCUGUUUGGCCUCCAGGACGGAGUGGAGCGCGCCUACUACGGCGUGUUCGACGGCCACGGGGGGGUCGACGCCGCCGUGUACUGCGCCACCCACCUCCACGUGGCCCUCAGUAAGCAGGACGCUCUGCAGAGUGACCCCUCAGAGGCCUUCAAAGCCGCCUUCACACACACGGACCGCAUGUUCAGGGCCAAAGCCAAGCGGGAGCGUCUGAGGAGUGGUAGCACCGGAGUGGCCGUGCUGAUCCAGGGGCAGGAGCUCACGGUGGCCUGGCUGGGAGACUCCCAAGCCCUACUGGUCAGACGGGGACAGGUGGUCACGCUCAUGAGCCCUCACAAGCCAGAACGAGAGGAUGAAAAGCAGCGCAUCGAGGAUCUGGGGGGCUGCGUCACCUUCAUGGGUUGCUGGCGGGUUAAUGGCACCUACGCUGUAUCCAGAGCUAUAGGGGACUUUGACCAGAAGCCGUACGUCUCCUCGGACGCUGACUGUGGCUCUGUCCAGCUGCGGGGGGGCGAGGACUACGUGCUGCUGGCCUGCGACGGCUUCUUUGACGCGGUCAGCCCCUCAGAGGUGCCGGGCCUGGUUCAGGACGCGCUCAGGCAGACUCUGGACCCUGAGGGAGGAGGGGGGGGGGCGGCGGCUGACCACUGGGACGGCGGCGUGGGGCAGGGGGUCGCUGAGAGGCUGGUGGGCCACGCCAAGACGGCCGGGUCCAGCGACAACAUCACCGUGAUGCUGGUGUUCCUGGGCCCCCCCCAGCAGCUGCUCACCCCACUUCCUGCUCCAGAGGCCGGGCCAGCCCCCCAAGAGUCCUUUUUCUAA